AACUUUCAUGAAAGUUCGUUACAAAAUUCUAACUUGUGAAAACAUAUUCAUGCAGAUGCAUGCAAAAAUGGCAUCUAAUAAUGUUGGGAUUCUUCGGCUUAAUCUUUCUUAUUUUCGGAGACCAAUACAAGGAAGAGUUCGUGAUCUUCGAUAUCGAGCUGGCAAAAGCUACAAAUCAGAGUCCAUAAAAGAUUCGUCGUUUGCAAUGAACAUAAGUGAAAAUUCCAAUAAUCAAUUAACAAUUGGGCCUGACUUGAUUGCUAUCGAAACUUCUAUUAAAUCAACAACUUUUAAUACUUCGUUAUCUAGACGUUCUCGAGACCUCAACAAGAAAAGUUCAUUCAUUUUGGACGAGGCUGAUGUGAAUGACAAUGCAUUUGAUACUCAGCUACAAACACAAUUAGAAAAUUCUGAAGACCGGGAAUUUAUCGAUGACGAUGUUCAUGAAAAUCGGAAUCAUGAUGAUGAUUCAAUUUAUCUUAAAAGUAUCAAACAUCUAGUCGGACCACAAAAUAAAUACAAGCUUAAUUUCGAUUAUGAUCGUAAUGUUGAAGUCAACUCUCAACGAUAUUGCUCUGUUUUACCUCAAGAACAUGACGAAGAGGAUGAAUAUCAAAUGGAUAGUUUUUGUAAUGAUGAAAUAAUAUACAUUAGUGAUGAGGAUCCUGUAACUGUUUCAAAAAAUUUGAAACGUUCUUUCAAUAACAAACUAAUUUCCAGUACACCGAUUAAUCCAACGAAAAAACGACGACGAAUUAUCAUUGAAGAUGAUGAUGAUUAAUCAAUUAUAAAGUAAAAUUCUAUUUUCAAUCGUAUGUCGACAAAUUGGACAAAAUGUCAUACGAUCACCACACAUUUGACAAGCUCCGUGACCGCAUAAGAAAACCAUAUCUUAUCAUCAAUAAAGGACGAAAUUCAAUCAGUAUUUCUUAUUAAAAUUUUCAUUGAUCAUUAUUGAUUUACUCACUUUUAAAACGAUCUAAACACACUGGACAAGCAGUCUAAUAAUGUGAACGAAACAUAAAUAUGCCAUUAAUAAUAUUUAUAAGUUUAAAAUAUUUCAAUGAUUACCUGUUCUUUGAUAUCUUGUAAUUGUUCCUGAAGUUUUUGUACAUCCAGACUUUUAUUAUUGUUAUUUGUAGACAAUGUUGAACAAGAAAUGUUGUUAGUCUUGAUUUUGUUGUCAGACUUUAAUAAAUUAUUAUUGUUCC